UUUUCUGCUCCCCUUCUCAAAAAAACUAAAGUCCUACGGCUGUGUUCGUCAAUUCCGUCACCGCCCAACCAUUAUCCCCUGUUCGAAGAAAUCUGCGACGGUGACCUGGGAAGGGAAAAAAAGUGAGAAACCAGACAAGCCAGGGGGAUUUCAAGCCUCUUCCCCCUUUGGCUUACACACCCAACCUGAGGCUGUUCCAGAUCGGCCGUCGUAACCCCUGAAUUUCAUUCAGAAGUAGUAUUUCUCCAAUCUCCGGUCUGGGAGGGGUUUUGAUUUCCAUAGAAAAUGGGGGUCAUGUCAAGGAAAGUUGUGCCCGUCUGUGGUAACCUCUGUUUCUUCUGCCCUUCAAUGCGAGCAAGGUCAAGACAGCCCGUGAAGCGGUACAAGAAGCUGCUAGGCGAUAUCUUUCCUAGGUCUCAGGAUGCUGAGCCAAAUGACAGGAAAAUUGGAAAACUUUGUGAAUAUGCUUCUAAGAACCCUUUGCGAAUACCUAAGAUUACAAAUUACCUAGAGCAGAGAUGUUAUAAGGAUUUACGAAAUGAACACUUUGGAUCAGCAAAAGUUGUGUUGUGCAUUUAUAGGAAAUUGCUUUCCUCGUGUAAGGAGCAGAUGCCACUAUUUGCCAGUAGCUUAUUGGGGAUUGUUCGGACACUAUUAGAACAAACUCGACAGGAUGAUAUGCGGAUUUUGGGUUGCAAUACUCUUGUUGACUUUAUAAGAAGCCAGAUGGAUAGCACAUACAUGUUCAACUUAGAAGGCCUCAUUCCUAAACUUUGUCAACUGGCUCAAGAGGUUGGAGAUGAUGAAAGAGCUCUACGUUUACGGUCGGCAGGACUGCAGACUUUGGCUUUCAUGGUGUGGUUCAUGGGCGAGCACUCCCACAUUUCUAUGGACUUCGACCAUAUUAUAUCAGUGACUUUGGAGAAUUAUAGGGACCAUGAAAUGAAUGGAGAAAAUGAUAAGAAAGGCAGACAAUAUUCUCAACCUCAGGACCAGUGGGAAGUGCUUAAAGAAGAACAUCAUGACUCAUCAUUUGCAGACAUUAGUAAGGGGGUUCUUUCCUUACCCAACCUCAUUUCUACCAAGCCUGAAUUGGAUCACACAAUGGAUUCUUCCAAAAGCCCAUGUUAUUGGUCUAGGGUUUGCUUGCGUAAUAUGGCUGGACUGGCAAAGGAAGCUACGACAGUGCGCCGUGUGCUCGAACCCCUUUUUCAUAAUUUUGACACUGAAAACCACUGGUCCCCUGAAAAAGGGCUUGCAUUGUCUGUUUUAAUGUAUUUGCAGUCACUCUUGGAGGAAUAUGGGGAGAAGUCACAUCUGUUGUUGUCUGCCCUGGUCAAGCACUUGGAACAUAAGAAUGUUGUCAAACAACCUCUUACACAGAUAAAUAUCAUUAAUGUCACCACACAUCUUGCACAUGAUGUGAGGCAGCAGUCCUCAGUUGCAAUCAUUGGUGCAAUAUCCGACCUGAUGAAACAUUUACGCAAAUGCAUGCAAUUAUCAGUUGAAGCAUCGAGCCCUAGAUAUGAUACAGAAAAAUGGAACACCGAUCUCCAGUCUGCAUUAGAAAAUUGCAUCUCACAGUUCUCGAAAAAGGUUGGUGAUGUGGGACCCAUUCUUGAUAUAAUGGCUGUGGUGCUGGAGAAUAUCCCAACCAGUACUAUUGUAGCUCGAACAACGAUAUCUACUGUUUAUCGAACGGCACAAAUUAUUUCUUCCAUUCCAAACAUAUCAUAUCACAGGAAGGCCUUUCCAGAUGCUUUAUUUCACCAGUUGCUCUUAGCAAUGGCCCACCCAGACCACGAAACGCGAGUUGGGGCUCACCAUGUUUUUUCUGCUGUGCUUAUGCCAUCUUUGCUUUGUCCUUGGUUACGUGGAAGUAUAAGAUCUUUAGAUGCUCGUGCGGAGCUUUCAUCUGUUACUGCAUCGCAUGAUGUCAGGAGCAGCAGUUUCUCCAUGCAGGAUGAAAGCCAAAACAAACUAAAACUUGAAGAUGGGGGAUGUAUGGAGGAAACUGGUCAAAUUUUGGAUGUGGAUGCGAGGCAUUUGACGAAGUGGUCAUCUCAUGGUCCUGCAUAUAGCUUCAAGUUUGCUAGAACUGAUGGAAAAACUGAGCUAACUUCCCUUCGGCUGAGCAGUCAUCAAGUGAGUCUUUUGCUUUCAUCAAUCUGGGUUCAAGCAACAUCUGCAGAAAAUGCCCCUGCAAAUUUUGAGGCAAUGGCUCAUACCUAUAAGAUUGCUUUAUUUUUCACCCGGUCUAAGACAUCCAGUCACUUAGCUUUGGUUCGGUGUUUUCAGCUGGCAUUCUCACUUAGGAGUGCUUCUCUUGAUCAGGAAGGAGGCUUGCAACCGUCUCGCAGAAGGUCUCUCUUUACCCUAGCAUCUUAUAUGCUUUUACUAUCCGCUGGGGCAGGCAAUCUUCUGGAGCUAAUUCCUAUUGUUAAAGCACCUUUGACCAAUACAACAGUUGAUCCUCAUCUUCAGUUAGUUGAAGAUAUUGGACUGCAGGCUGUCUUUUUAGAAUCAGAUAAGGAGAAGAUAUUAUAUGGAUCACAGGAUGAUGAAGUUUCUGCCUUGAAGUCUCUCUCAGCAGUUGAAGUAGAUGAUCAGCAGUUGAAAGAAUUUGUUAUAUCUCACCUCACAAAGAAAUUCGAGAAAUUAUCAGAGGAUGAGUUAUUGGGCAUAAGGAGGCAACUUCUACAGGGUUUUUCACCUGAUGAUGCAUAUCCAUUGGGAGCUCCAUUAUUCAUGGAGACGCCAAGGCCAUGUUCUCCUCUUGCCCAAAUGGAGUUACAGGCUUUUGGCGAGGUAAUGCCUUCAGCUGCCUUGACAGAUGAUGAAGCCUUCCCUGAAGCAGGUGGAAGCCAGUCAGAUCGCAAAACAUCACUGUCCAUACAUACACUUGACAUUAUAAGCGUUAAUCAACUUUUAGAAUCAGUUCUGGAAACAGCUCGGCAGGUUGCUAGCUUCCCAGUGCCUUCUACACCCAUACCUUAUGACCAAAUGCGGAGUCAAUGUGAGGCCCUCGUGACGGGUAAACAGCAGAAGAUGUCGGUACUUCAAAGUUUCAAGCAUCAAAAGGAAGCCAAAGCAAUCAUUAUCUCUACUGAAAAUGAAAACAGAAGGCCUCUUUUACCAAACAUGAAAAUGGGGCUUUCAGAAGGAGAUCUAAGAUUGUUUUCCAUGGAACAAGUUCGAGGAAGGGAUCAGCUCCUCACCUGUUCGCGGGAGUUCGGACAACAUUCUUUCAGACUGCCACCUUCAAGUCCUUAUGACAAAUUCUUGAAAGCAGCUGGAUGCUAAAGCAGCUAGUGUGUCCUAUGUAUGUUUGUAACUAAUAGUUUGUUUCUUCUUCUUCAAGCAGUUGGCAAUUUUUUCAUUCUUUGUACUAGAAAUUUUUAGCUUUAAUAGUACACAAAUUUUUGCCUUGGUGAGAUUUUUACUACCUUCCCAUACCAUACCAUAUACCCAAAUGUGUGAAAUGAGCUCCAAGAAAGAGUAGUAGGGAAACUUAGUUUGCAUUUUCACUAAAAUUUGUUCUUAUUUAAUUCGAUGUAUCUGUACAUUUUCAAGUUUCAUGUAUGUAGCAAUUUUAUUAUAUGUUCCUUUUUUUUUCCCUGAGCAA